GCUCGUGGCGGCUGUCAACAACAACACCCCGCCAUUUCCAAGUCCUUGUUAAAGGCGUGUCAUGGUUUUUGCCUCAUUUUACCUGAGAGACAUCAUCCUUAGUGGCAUCGUCGGUGACAGGGAGCCAGAGGCUUGUCAAAGUUCCCAACUGUUCCUCCUAGUGGGCGGAAACGCUCCAGAUUUUCAUCUUGGUGGUAACGAAGGCCUUGAGAAUCGCCAUGGAGGCGAUGGCCAUGCAGAAAGAUGCCAAUAUUACACCCAAGACUCUAGCCAGCCAGUCAUACUGUUUUCGGCAUUACCCCAGAGCAAGUGUUGAGCCGCGCUGAGGUUUGCGUUUCGAACAAACAAGUUGAGAAAUUGGCCGAUGCAUUGGAAGAAAGAAUAGAGCAGGAAUGUACACGGAUUGCCUCUUUUAUGGAUCCAAUAGAGUUUGUGAACUACGACCCAGAUGAUGUUGCAAAGAUUCCCGACCGUUUGAGCGACGUCAAACGAAAGUGUGCGGAUGAGAGGGCAAAGCUCGUGCACAGCAUGAUGCAGACUGACUGCCUCUUCCAGCAGGUGUACUGCCUCCUCCUGGAGUACAGCAAGGUGCUGCAGGAUAUGAUGACGAAGCAACGGUUGUCUCAGUUUCCGGCACACCAUACAGCAAGCGGUAUCGCUAUGUGCAACACUCACCUCAAGAAACUGAGGUGCUUAGAGUUAGAGCUGCUCAUCGAGACAUACACUAGCCAGGCGGUCCAAGCCCUGAAGCUCAUACAUGGUCACCUGGAAGAUCGCAGAGUGCGGGCCGAGAAGUCCUUGACUCGUCUGGAGCACAAAAUGAGCAGCUACAGUGGACUUGAUUCUAAGUUCCAGGACUUGUUAAAGGAAUAUUCAAAACUCCAACAAGAUAUAAUCUUUACAAAAAAAUCAAUGGAAGAGUUUGCUGAGUGAUAUGUCAGAUUUGUGAUUUAUAAUUUUUUUUUUUAUUGUUGCUUGGCUAUUGUGUUCCAGAUAAAAGCCAAUGAAUGCUGUGUAUGUUUGUAUGUAUGUAUGUACAGUAUGUGUGUAUGUGUACUCACCUAAUUGUGCUUGCAGGGCUUGAGCUUUGUCUCUUUGGUCCCGCCUCUCAACUGUCAAUCAG